AUGACUAUUGUAACCAUGGUGACGGUUGUGAUGGUGAUGGUGAUGUCGCCUUUACCUUUUGGUAGUUCAGGCGAGUCUCUUCCGUCCUAUUCCGAUUAUAAUAUGUCUGCCUCAAGAAUUGUUCUCUCUACUCCUGCCCGCAUGUUGACCCGCCCUUCUCCUGUCUGUGGUCCUAUCGCCUUCCGUGAAUUCACAACCUCUAGCCCUGUGGCCAGCAGUGAAGAACAUAGCGAAACAAAAAUCGAAGACCAGUGCCACCACCAGGUUGCUCCCUUGACCAACACCACUGUCUAUGCUCCCCAUGGUGUCAAUGAAGCCGCACUCGAACGCGUCAUGGCUGCCUUUAUUCCCUCUGUUAAUUAUGUCUUUGACGAUUAA